AUGACGCGCCCAAAGACCAAGCUCCCGCCGGAGAUCCUCGAACUCAUCGGCAGAUCCGGGAAGAGCGCCUCCGCCUACCUCCGUUUCCGGGCCACCUGCAAAACCUUGUUCUCAAACCUUCCCCCUCACCCCCACCAUCUCCCCCUUCAGCCCCCUUUCCUGAUGCUGCCCCCUUCCGCCGCCGGCGGUCGCCGCCGGUUCUUCAACCUCGCCACCUUCUUCACCCAUGACCUCCCUGAGGUUUCCGACAUGACUCGCGGUAAGAUCUGCUUUGGCUCUUCUUUUGGAUGGCUAAUCCUUGUGGACUACAGUUUUAAUCCCUCCCUCCUCAACCCCUUCACCGGGGCCGAGAUCCCCAUCCCUCGUCUCGCCAACAUCCCGGGCUUCUUCAAUAUCGUACCGCUGGAUGUCCCUGUCCCACAACUUCUCGCAUUGUUAUCUGGUUCCCAUACAAAGAACAUAAAGGAAGAAGAAAUCGCGGACAUGAUAAUCCACCAGGCUGCACUAUCUUCGGAUCCUGCUCUCGAUCCGCAUGCUGUCGUGCUCAUCUUUAUCAAAACCUACGGCCCCUACCAUUGCUACUACUGUCAACUGGGAGACGCAUCAUGGACCUGGAUAGAAAUCCCCAGCAACCCUAUAUAUUUUCUUUACGACUUCUUACCAUUUCGGGAGCGGCAGUUCUACGUCCUAGUCUGCGAUGAUAGGCUGGUUGGCUUCGACUUCAGGAGCCUGCCUGUGAGGGUGACAGUGGGAAAAGUUAGAAGCAUGCCCAGAUGCAGCACGGCGUACUUGGUGGGUUCGGCCGGGGAGCUCCUGCUGAUCAGCGAGGAUUACAAACUUUCCGACGCGUAUGACAGGAUUAUGAGGUUGUUCCAUGUUCAUAAGAUCGAUCUGAACGAUCUGGAUGAUGCGCAAGGGUAUGUGCAACUGGAUCAAGUUCAUAGCAUUGGCGAUCGGGUUGUGUUCCUGGGACCCGGUCACUCUUUCUCCAUCUCGGCUCAAGAUUUUCCUAGGUUUAGAGGAAAUUGUAUAUACUUUGCUGACAGUUACAACAAGCAAGCAGGCAAGGAAUAUGUCAGGGUUGACUGCAUCGAGGUGUUCAGCUUAGAGGAGUACAAUACUGAAGAUAUAUUUGUUUUUAACGAGGUGGGGAAGAUUGAGUUGCCGAGUUAUAAGCCAAAGAUGCCAUGGUUGGUUUCUCCCAAUCUUACCAAGAGGGAUGCUUGA